GUUUAAUAUUUCAUAAUUACUAUUAUUUUAAACUAGCUAAUUGCCAAAAUGAUCAAGAUCAACUAACAACUACAACAAUUGAUCCACAAUUGUUUCAAACAUUAAUGCCAACAAUACUGACAACUAAUUCAACAAUCAAUAGUAAUACUAGUAGUAGUAGUAGUAGUACUACAACAACAUCAACUACUACUACCCCUAGUAGUUAUGGCAACACUACUACUAUCAGUAAUAAUAAUACAAUGAAACUGGCACUACAAGCAAACAAUAGCAUCACAACUACUACUACUUCAAUGACUGGUAUUGACCGCAAGUUCAUAGCCAACCAAAUCGAUAGUCUCAAACAACUGGCUACCGGUGCCCUGAAACGAUGGCGCCUAGAAAACCUAACCGCCCAAUGUCAGGCCAUUCAUAAGGUAAUGGUCAGGGUAGCGGCCAUUGAAACCCAAUUGGACAUGGUCCAGUCGAUGCACCAGGAUCAUCAGGUGGCCAUGUUGGAAACAUUUCAAUUGGCCCUGAAACAAUUGAAUAAGACCCUGGAGGAAACUACCGGUGCAGGGGACAGGUAUCUGGGUACGGUAUUGACUAGUAGAUUUAAUAAUACCAUUGAUAAACAACAAGACAAUUUACUAAGGGUUUACGCUAUGCUACGUGAUUUUGUACGUACCGAUACUAAACUAUUGCUAGUUAAUGUACAAUCAAAUUUGACCUUGCUCAAUCAUGAUUAUCAACGUGUUAUAGAUAGGAUUAGAUAUUAA